GGCUAUUAAAAUAUAUAUGUAUUUGAUAAGUUUUCACAUGGGGCAUGAUAGUCUAUAGCAUAUUUUUUUUUGUAGACUGUCAUGUCAAAGACAUCCCCAGAAGUAACUCCUGACACCCAUUUACAGGAACCUGCAGCACCAGUAGUUGAAGAAUCCAUCGAAAAAGGGCAACAGUCUGCCAUGUUAAAUCGUUUAUUAGGGAAGGGCAGCUAUGAAUCAUUUGAUAUGAGAUGCAUGGUAACCGGCCAAUUUUCUGUUGGGAAAACGACUCUUGUGAAGCUGUUAGCUGGGGAUGUCAUACCAGAGGGACGACAUCCAACUGAUGGGAUUUCUCUGGUAGAAGGUCGCUGUGGUCUCGAUAUUCAGACCAAAGAGUGGAUUCUUGUUGAUCCAGACUCUUACAAUGUCCUGGAUGUUGUGUACCAUAAGGUUUUAAUGACCUCUCUGGAAGAAGAGGAGGAGAGUGAACUUACCAACAAAGCUUCAGAUACAAGCCCAACUGGUUAUGCCAAAGCUACACUUUCCUCUUUGCCCUCAGAACAGUCUGCAACAGCACAAUCUCUACCAUCAACGAAAUCCUCCAAUGUGCCUCACACAGUAAACCAGAUGGAACAGAAAAUGAGAACAAGAAUGACUAAAGAAGAAAUAAGAAAGAAAAUGGAAAAAGUCCUCAAAAGUGGGAAGUAUAAAAUGAAAGUUGGACGUCUUAUCUUCUGGGAUUUUGGUGGACAAUACGUUUAUUUAACAACACACCAGACCUUCAUGACAUUCCGAGCGUUGUUUCUUGUAGUAUUUGAUGGGAGCAAAGAUUUGCAUGAACAGGUCCGUGAUGUGAUGUGUUUUCCAGGGCAGCACAUGACGCCAACGCCAGCAGUAUUCUUGCAAUAUUGGGUCAAUUCCAUCCUGACCUAUUGUAAGGUUGUAUAUGCAGGCAUUCCGAAGAUCUUGUUUGUUGCCACUCACAAGGACAAAGUACCAACGGAGAAUAUUGCAACCAGACGUGAAGAGCUUUACAGAGGAAUUGAGGAAUUGUUUAAAGACCACGAGGGAAAACAUCAUCUGGUCCUUAGACCUCUAAUAUUUGUCAAUGCCAAAGAUCAAUCCGACUCAGAAAUAGACGUUCUAAAGAAAACAAUUUCAGAACUUACAUUCGACCACCCAUGCUGGGGUGAAAGAAUGCCCAAUGCUUGUGUGCCACUAGAGCUAGAGAUCGCUGAACUAGUGGCAGAAGGAAAGCAAAUAAUGUCAUUGGCUGAAGUUAAAGAAUUAAAUGCUAUCAGCGAGGUGUCUGUCCUGUCCCCUGAGCAGUUGACUGAUUUCCUACAUUUUCAUCAUUCUCUGGGGAAGAUUGUUUAUUUCGAUACGCCCCAACUGAGAGAUAAUGUAAUGAUCAACCCCCUUCUUAUGGUGGAAGUUAUGAGAUCUUUUAUCACAGAUGUUGCAUUUUUGCCCAAAGAAAAUAUAACAAGGAAAACCUUCAAAAAAAUGUCUGAAAAUGGAAUGAUACAAAAAGUAGACCUCUACCAGAUUUGGGAACAAGAAGAAUUCCGUCAGAUUUUACCAUUUAAAGAGUACAUAUUUGAUAUGCUGAUACAUCUAGAUAUCGUAUCCGAACAACGGAGAUAUGAUACAAAAACAGGAAGUCGUCUACCAAUAGAAAACUUCUUUGUACCCUGUAUGCUUACACAAAGAAAUAAUACAGAUUACUUGACACAAGAAUGUACAUCAGAGAGGACUAUAAGUUUGGCCUUUGUUUUCAAAGGAACCAUCAUACCUCCAGCCUUACCAAACCGUAUAAUAUGUGCAUGUCUGAGUAUGUGGACAUUAAAAGAAUACCAAGGACGGAAACUUAUGUUUUCUGGGUUUGUUGGGUUAUCAUUUGAUAAAGAGCAUGAUAUUGUUGUCUGUGUAGAAGGAAAUAAGAUCUUACUGUACCUUGUCCACAAGCGCUCCAAGGGCCUGAUAAUACCUGAUAUAGCCACCAGUGUCCGGGAUUGUUUGUUUGUUACUUUGGAGAGAAUAUCUGAAUUUUAUCAGUCAACUAUCCAUUGUAAAGCCAAUAACAAGUUACCAUUCCACACUGAGUAUUCCUGUUCAAAAUUAAACUGUUUUACUCCAGAAGAAAAUAUGGUUGUAGAUACAGAGGAAUGUCUUUGCGAACAUGGUGAAAACAUUAAACACAACUGGAGAGUUUGGAAUCAGAAACUGGAACAAAUGCAGUGUGAUCCUAGUUGUCCAGGUUUGAGUGAAUAUUCUUUAGAUCAAAUUCCAAGUAACCCCGAGUUGCUUCGUCUUUCCUGUAAUUGUGAGGAAGACUUGAUACAUGAAUUAGCACUUCGUCUUGGAAUGGAAGAGAUAGAUUGGAGAGAUAUUGGCAAGAAUUACACAGGAAAUACACAGAUGGUCAAGUUUUUGACACUAAUUCACUUGAAAGAGAAUUAUUCAAUAUGUUUUGGAGAUCUAGAUAACAGUUUGCAAGAAAUGAAAAUAACAACACACACAUUAUGCAUGGUCAGGAGAAGAAAACAAGUGAAAUCUAGAAUUUCAGACGACAUAUUAGAUUGUAUCCCUACAGAUGAAAUUUUAGACAAGCUAGCACCACAGAUUGGAAAAAUGGUUUUUCAACUUGGAACAGAACUCGGAUUGUCCAUAGCGGAUUUAGAAAAUAUCGACAAAUGUAGUACCAAUUUGACAGCCCAAAAUAAGGAAGUGUUAUUUACUUGGAGAAAAGACAGAUCAGUAAAACCUACAAUAAGGGUUAUUAAACAAGCUUUAGUUAAUAUAAGAAAAGGUGUACGUUGUUUAGAGGAGGUUGUGAAGAACAUAGAUGCAAAAACAUUAAGAGCUGUGGAAAUUGUUACAGAUAAAAUCAGAGAUAAUGCAGACAAAAUCAUACAGGACAUACAAACCAGCCAAAUUUUAGACCAUAUGAUGACACAUCUGGUGAUAUCAGUAGAUGACAGACGUCGUAUUGAACAACAUGCUGGACAAGAUGAUCAGAACAAAGCAUUGCUGGAUAUUGUGACCAAAAUGAGAGAACCUGCUUACAGUGUGUUUGUCGAUGGAUUACGUAUUUAUGGAUACGAAGAUAUCGCUAAUGAUUUGAAAUGUGAUUUCAGUCCAAGUCCAACAUCAGCAUCUGCGGAAAAUGAAGGCUUAUCAGUUUGGAAUGUUCCAUUAUAUAAAGUUCGUCUACAAAAGAACUACCUCAAGGUCAUCACUGAAAUACAACACGAGAACAUAGUCGAUCAUCUAAUAUCAAGAGAGGUAGUGUCAGUUGAUGAUGGGAAGAAGAUAGAAUCUGGUAAAACACCACAGGAAAAGAACAGGAAUUUAAUGGACAUGCUGUUGCGUAAAAAUGAACAGGGAUUUAAUGAAUUUCUCAAAGCCCUACGAAAAGACUCAAUUUAUGCAGAUUUAACAGAUCAAAUAGAGAAGACAGAAGUUACUAGCACAGAUAUGGCAACUCUUCAUAAAUGCUUCAAAUAA